AUGGAAGAUUUUAGAUCCAAAUCCUACAAUGGAAACAAGAUGCAAAUAGAGGCUUACAACACCCACAAUCCACCUAACAUUCAAGAUUUCAGAUGCCAUAGUGCAUCUUAUGCAUCGUCUUCACAAACCCAGAUCGAAAACACAUAUAACAAUAAUCAAACGGGUAUGGAGUUCAAGAAAGGAAACAGUGGUGGGUCGAUUUCAAGAAUCUGGAGCUUGACUGAUCCAGAAUUGCAACGAAAGAAAAGGGUUGCUAGUUACAAAGCUUAUACUGUUGAAGGAAAAGUCAAAGGGUCGAUCAAGAAAAGCUUUAGGUGGAUUAAAGAUAAAUACUCAAAGAUGGUUUAUGGUCUCAGGACAUGA